GUCAUUGAACACUGUUAACCGAAUUGACCACCAUGGCUCGCUUCACCGCCACCAUGACCACCGCCAUCCACCAUCGUCUCCGGCGACAAAUUCGCACUUUUGUGAACGCAAGGGUAAAAUGGGUACGUGAUCCAUACCUGGAUACAGCAGUAGAGAAGGAGAAAAACCUCAAAUCAUUACUUUCUCUUAAGAACUUAAUCAUCUCUCACCCAUCAAAAGCUCCUCCUCUUCGCACCAUUUCCCCUCUAAAACCCCAACUGAAUCUUCCCACAACCGCCCUCAAAUUCAUUCAGAAUUACCCUUUUGUUUUCAAAACUUUCAGACCUCCAAUACCCUUAUCGACGUUACACGUAAAGCUCACUCCAAAUGCAGAAUCAUUACACAAUGAUGAGACCCUUUUUCUUAAUCUUUCACAUUAUCGAAAAGAUUUAGCGCAAAGAUUAGCGAAGUUAUUGAUGCUCACAAGAGCUAAUAGACUUCCUUUCUAUGUUAUCAACAGGUUUAAAUUUGAUUUGGGUUUGCCUCAUGAUUAUUUGUUGAGUUUUUUACCUGAAUUUCCUGAGUAUUUUCAGAUUUGUCAAAUGGGUUUUAAGGAUGCUGAUGGUCGUGAGGUUUUUGGGUUGGAGUUGAUUAAAUGGAGGAAGGACUUAGCUGUUUCUGUAGUGGAGAAAGGGGAUAAAAGGGAGGAUUUUGGGGGUGGGAAAAGAGUGCACAUUAGGUAUUCGAUGAAUUUACCAAGAGGGUUUGAUUUGCAGAAGAAGGUUAAAAUUUGGGCUGAGGAGUGGCAGAAUUUGCCUUACAUUUCACCUUAUGAGGAUGCAUUUCAUUUGGCUCCUAAUAGUGAUCAAGCAGAGAAAUGGACAGUAGGGGUUAUUCAUGAACUGUUAAGCUUACUUAUAUCGAAGAAGACGGAGAGGGAGAAUAUUUAUUGCUUGGGAGAUCAUCUGGGAUUUGGAAUAAGGUUUAGAAAAGCUUUAGUGCAUCAUCCUGGUAUAUUUUACUUGUCGAAUAAAAUCAGGACGCAUACUAUAGUUUUGAGGGAGGCGUUUAACAAGAACAUAUUAGUUGAAAAACAUCCAUUUAUGAGAAUGAGGUACAAGUACAUCAGUCUCAUGAACAAAGUGUUGAGAAGGGGAAUUCCAAUCAAUGCUGGAGCUCUUAGGCACAGGAUGCGGCUGGCUUCUGUAAAAGCAGCCAACAGCAAGAGGAUGAAACAAGUUAAAAGUAUAGAGCCUAAAGAAGAUUGAUAAUGGAUAUACAGGGGAAAGCAAGGGAAGGAAACCUGUAUUCAUAAGAAGCUGGCAACUGCUGCUGAAGCUGUCUUUACAUUUGAUGAUUUGGCCUUAUGUCGGGUACUAUUUUCAAAAUUGCCUUCUCUUUGUGCCCCUUCUGAUGUUAAGGGGGACUCGCGCCCUUCAAAAAUGUCCAUGUUCUUAUGGUGGUGGCGAUCUUCCUAGCCAAAAGGAUGCGCGUUGGGAGGUCUAUAUCGAGCAAGGUCUAACCAUGCCAAGUGAACAUCCAUCAUUUUACACACCUUUGUGCUACUUGCACCACCUAUCCGAUCACUUCUAAUCUUGUUUAAUUUUGUAUGGCGACACUUCCAUUGUAACAUUUGGUACAGAACAUUCAACCUGGAAUUUCGUUCCAACUAACAAGAAUAUGAAAAUAUUGUGUUCUAAUGAGAAGAAGAAAAGUUGCAACAGUUUGAAAUUAUGAAAUAUGAAACGAGGGGAUUGCA